AUGGCCUCAGCCUGGUCAGAAGAGGAGACCUUUGUCUGCUCAGUAUGUUUGGACAUGCUGAAGGACCCAGCAACUCUACCCUGUGGACAUUCAUACUGUUUGGCUUGUAUUCAGAACCACUGGGACAAAAGAGACAGCAAGGGUCAGUACAGCUGCCCCCAGUGUAGACAGGUCUUCAGCCCUCGACCCUCUCUGGCCAAGAGCACUGUGCUAGCAGAGAUCAUGGAGAAACUGAGAACAAAUAGCCUCAAACAAAGCUCCUCCGCACCGCCUUCAAUGCCUCUCUACCUUGAGGUACUACCAGAUACAGGGCCACAACAGGGCAGCAUGUACCCUCAGCUUCCCACAGUGGAGCCCAGACCUUGCCCUCAACACAACCGUCCUCUGGACCUAUUUUGCCAUGAAGACAAGGAGUGCGUGUGUGAAGUGUGCUACCAGCAUGGACACAAGGGACAUCGUGUGCUCAAACCACAGGAAGAGCGGAUGGAGAGACAGAAAGAGCUUGUUCAGAUGCAGGUAGAGGUACAGAGGAGAAUUCAGGAGACUGAAAAGAAGCUUCAAGAAAUCCCACAUGUUGCUCGCCAGAACAAGGCCUUGGUACAGGCUCUACAGCAAGAGAGCACAGAUUUAUUCUCUGAGCUUGUUAACAACAUGAAUGCAACAGGCACCCAGGUUGGUGAGCUCCUCAGCACUCAUGAAGCCUCCUUAGGCAGCCAGGUUGAGGGGAAAAUCCACAUGCUGGAGCAGGAGGUGGCACAGCUGCGCUGGAAGAGUGCGGAGCUGUGCAGGCUGGCCGACAUGCAGGACCACAUCUGCUUCUUGAAGAAUUUCCUCACCAUGGAGCCGCUGUGUCAGAAAGGUACCACUGAAGAGUCCAUACUGAGUCAGGAGGAAGUGGUGGUAGCUUCCGUCCGCUCAGCCAUGAAAGAACUACAAGAGUUAAUACAGAACCUCUGCAAAGCCAACCUAGCCAAGAUUUUCAAAAUAGUGAAUCAUGAGCCUGUCAUAGCUGCAACAGCCAAUGGCGCAGCUGAAGCUGGCUCUACAGCCGUCCCUAACAGUGGUCAGGCCACCACGCAAAACACUGUGUAUGAGAUGACAACAGACCCUCCACCUUUGCCCCCUCCGCGACCUCAGAGGCAUGAGGAUUCAUCCAAAUUUCCAAUUCAGCAUCCUAUAUGUCCUCAAGCUUCAGCUCCCCCUCCUCCUCAACCUCAGGCAUUUUCUGUAACAACAACAGAACUGGUUAAUCCGCAACCAAAGACAAGAGGAGAAUUGCUGAAAUUUCGCUUUGAACCCACCAUGGAUCCCAACACGGUGUAUCGCCAUGUGCGGCUGUCAGAUGGAGAUCGUAAGGCCACAAUGCGUGCUGAGAACCUGAACCCACCAGACCAUCCUGAACGUUUCGACUUCUGGAGACAGGUUCUCUGCAGAGAGCCUCUGGCAGGGAGCCCUUACUACUGGGAGGUGGAGUGGACAGGACAGAAGAUCAACCUCGGCGUGGCCUAUAAGGAGAUGGAACGUAAAGGUUCUGCUAACAAAAGCCGUCUGGGCCACAAUGCUCUGUCCUGGAGCUUGAACUGGUCUGGGACUGGCUUCUCCUUUUGGCAUGAUGGACAGGAAAAACUGUUGGGCUCACCUAAGGCCCAGCGGCUUGGCAUCUAUCUGGACCAACAUGCAGGGAUUCUGGCUUUUUACCGCAUCUCCAACAAUCAGGCUGAUCUCAUUUACCGGCAUCAGAGCCAGUUCACUGGACCACUGUAUCCAGGGUUCAGGUUCUGGGCAGGUGUGGGGGCAACAGUAACUGUUUGCCAGUUGGAUUGAACUGUAUAUGAAUUGUUAUGAAUAUGUUGAAUUGUUUUUGAUAUAUCCUGCUGGUCCUGCUAUCCGGUUGGAAGCAUGUGACACUGAAAGGAAGUAAAUGUCUUUCUCCUCUUUAGUGAGGAAACAAAGGAUCAGAAAUAACUGGUUUUCAUAUGAUGCAAAUUUUCUGAACAUGUCUCUUGUAAGUUAAUAAAAGAACAAUGAACUAAUUUCAUCCAUA